AUGCCAACAGUAAUACUAGGCGGAGGAAUCAUCGGCUCCGCAACCGCCUACUACUUAUCCGAGACCCAUUCGGCAGAGGAUAUUCAUAUUGUGGAGACCUCGUCGGAACUAUUUAGCUCUGCGUCUGGCUACGCUGCUGGAUUUCUAGCGAGUGAUUGGUUUGCCCCGUCGGUUGCGUCUUUGGGAGAACUCUCUUUUGACUUGCACGAGGCUCUGGCCAGUGCAAAUGGGGGGUGGGAGAAAUGGGGGUAUAUGAAAGGGACGGCAUUGAGCUUGAAUACGACGAUUAUCCGGAGGGAUGGUUCUCGGGGAGAUGAAUGGAUGAAGGAGGGUGCUAGUCGAGCGGAGACUGCUUCUGGGUCGAGUAUGUCGGGUAUUGAACCGGCUCCGGCUUGGUUGACGGUUCGGCCGGGGGUAGAGGUGGAAAGGCUUAGUGAUGUUGAUACUGCUCAGGUUGAUCCGCUAAGACUAUGCACAUUCCUGAUGGAAACGGUAACAUCUCGCGGUGUCAAGCUUCACCACCCAGCCAAGGCUACUUCACUUGUUACAAACGAGGCUGGCAUUAUCACCGCUGUCAAGAUCGCGAAUCUCAUCUCAGACAUAGAGUUCAUGAUUCCAUGUACCCACCUGGUCAUCUGUGCGGGUGCGUGGACUCCACAAGUUUUUGGGGGCCUCUUUCCUUCGGCUGGGGUAUCCAUCCCUAUCUCGCCAUUGGCUGGGUACUCCCUCGUGCUCCGUUCUCCGAGGCAUACGUUUGAACAUGAACAGAAGACUUACGGAGGACGAAGCCAUGCUAUCUUCACCUCGAACCCUUUUUCUUGUGGCUUCAGUCCGGAGAUUUUCUCGCGACGGGGCAGCGAGAUCUACGUUGCCGGUCUGAAUGAUCCACGGAUGCCGCUCCCCUCUCGCGCGGAGGAGUCUCGCAACUUGAUAAAUCAAGAUGAGAUGGACAGAUAUAAGGGCGUGUCAGUUCAGCUCAUGGGAAACCCCGCGGAUAGUGAUACUGGGUCUACGAUACGCAACACGGAUGACCUGGAGGUUAUUCGAGAGGGACUAUGUUUCCGCCCUGUUGCCGAUCAGGGUACACCUAUUAUUUGCCGGGUGGAUGAUAAAUUGCUGGGAGGCAGUGUGAAAACAGGUGGAAAAGGUGGUGUUUUUGUUGCAUCUGGGCAUGGCCCUUGGGGUAUUGCAUUGUCUUUGGGAACUGGUCGGGUCGUGGCGGAUAUGGUGGAGGGUGUGCUGCCGAGUGCCGAUACAUACAAAAACUUACGUGGACAAAACUGCCCAAGUUACAGCCAGUCAUAUUAG